AUGGCCGGUGGUGGUGCCGUCGUGGCGAACGACGGCCUCCAGGCUACGGACUACGGCGGACGCCUGACGCUGUCGGUGCUCACGACGUGCCUCGUGGCUGCCUCCGGCGGCCUCAUCUUCGGCUACGACAUCGGCAUCUCAGGCGGCGUGUCGCAGAUGGAGCCGUUCCUGGAGCGGUUCUUCCCGCACGUCCUGGCGAGGAUGGCGGCGGCGAAGCGCGACGACUACUGCCUCUACGACAGCCAGGCGCUCACGGCCUUCACGUCGUCGCUGUACGUGGCCGGGCUGGUGUCGUCGCUCGUGGCCAGCCGCGUCACCAAGGCCGUGGGGCGGCAGCGCAUCAUGCUCAUGGGAGGGGCGCUCUUCUUCGCCGGCGGCGCCAUCACCGGCGCGGCCGUCAACAUCGCCAUGCUCAUCAUCGGGCGCAUGCUGCUCGGCUUCGGCGUCGGCUUCACCAACCAGGCCGCUCCUCUGUUCCUCGCCGAGAUGGCCCCGUCGAAGUGGCGCGGCUCCCUCACCGCCGGCUUCCAGUUCUUCCUCGGUGUCGGCGUACUGACCGCCAACCUCGUCAACUACGCCACCGCGCGCAUCUCCUGGGGCUGGCGCCUCUCCCUGGGCCUGGCCGGCGCGCCGGCGGUGAUCAUCUUCCUGGGUGCCCUCUUCCUCACCGACACCCCCAGCAGCCUCGUCAUGCGCGGCAGGACGGACGACGCCCGCGCCGCGCUGGUCCGCGUGCGCGGGGCGAACGCGGACGUGGACGCGGAGCUCAAGGACAUUGUGCAGUCCGUUGAGGUGGCGCGCGAGAGCGAGGACGGCGCGUUCCGGCGGAUGGCGACGAGGCGCGAGUACCGGCCUCACCUGGUGCUCGCCGUGGCCGUGCCAAUGUUCUUCCAGCUCACGGGCGUGAUCGUGCUGUCCUUCUUCUCGCCGCUGGUGUUCCGCACCGUCGGGUUCGGCAGCAACGCGGCGCUGAUGGGCGCCGUCAUACUGGGCGCCACGAACCUGGUGGCCCUGAUGCUCUCGGCCCUCGUCAUCGACCGCUACGGCCGCAAGGUGCUGUUCAUGGUCGGCGGCGUGCAGAUGAUCAUUGCCCAGGUCGCGAUUGCAUGGAUCAUGGGCGCGCAAAUCGGGAAGGGCGGCGAGGCGCCGAUGGCGAGGACGUACGGCGUGGCGGUGGUGGUGUUGACGUGCGUCCACGCCGCCGGGUUCGGGUGGUCGUGGGGGCCGCUGGGGUGGGUGGUGCCGGGAGAGAUAUUCCCGGUGGACAUCCGGUCGGCGGGGCAGGCCAUGAACGUGUCCAUCGGCCUCGGUCUGACGUUCGUGCAGACGCAGUCAUUCCUCCCCAUGCUCUGCGCCUUCAAGUACGGCACCUUCGCGUACUACGCCGCCUGGGUCGCCGUGAUGACCGUCUUCAUCGCGCUGUUCCUGCCGGAGACCAAGGGCGUCCCUCUCGAGUCCAUGACCACCGUCUGGGUCAAGCACUGGUACUGGAAGCGGUUCGUGGAGCCUCAAGGAAAGAGCGCCGAGGCACUUGCCUAG